ACGAUUAAUCUCUGAUACGGAGUAUUUCGCAUUUGGCAAUUCGUAGUUACUCCAGCGACUCCAACAAUCACAGGGAUAUUCUCAGAAGACGACAGCCCAAUCUGACGGGCACCGUCCCACCGCACGUCCGCACCCGUUUGCCACAGCCGCACUCCAUUCCGUCCAAUCUGGAACUCGGGUAUUCGCCAUUGAAGAUAAAUUAAGAAAGACACAGCCGCGUUGGUUCAACACAAGUACAUGUCCCGGUACAUGUACUGAAAUGACAAAAAGAGAAGUUGUAGACCGAAAUGAAUUGGAUUGAAGGUUUAAAGAGGGACAUUAGAUUUUGGGCUUAAUGGGCAUACAGUGCACGAUAGAAAAUCAAGUAGAAAGAGGAUUUCAUUGGAGGACCAGGGAAUAUGUGGAGUACAAUAAAAAAUGGAGGGAAGCUUAAUGCUCUCUUGUCAAAUUCAAGAAUAUCAAGGAAGUUAUCUAGCACAUUAUUUCCAUCGUACAAGGUAAGGGACAACCGCUUCAGGAUAUGGACGUGGUGUAUGUCGCUUGUAAAAGGGUGCUCAAACAUGCUUCAAUUCAAAGUCAUUCAUGCCAUUUUCAUGACAAAUGGUCUCCACCACAACACAUACGCUGUCAGCAAACUAUUAGAGUUCUGCGCACUCUCUGAUUCUGGAGACCUCUCAUAUGCCUCUCAACUCUUCUCCCAAACUCGAACACCCAAUAUCUUCAUCUACAACACACUCAUUAAGGCAUACUCUAGCAGCAGUCAACCACAUUUUGCUCUGCACUACUUCGGAUUGUUGCUACAGGACAAUGAAGCUCUCUUGCCUGAUGAUUAUACCUUCCCUUUUGUACUCAUCGCUUGCACGAAUGGCCUUAUGGUGCCUGAAGGCAAAAAAACACAUUGCUUGGUAGUCAAGAACUCCAUGUCCUACUCUAAUUCUCAUGUGCAGACUGCGUUGAUCAGGUUCUAUGUAGGGUGCAAGGCAUUGGAUGAUGCACAUAGAGUGUUUGAAGAAAUUCCUCUCAAAGAUGUUGUUCAAGCUAAUGUCCUUAUGAAUGGGUAUGUGCGGAACGGAUUGGCUUCAAAAGCACUGAGUGUAUUACAAAGCAUGUCUGUGUGUGAAGUUGAGCCUGAUGAGUUUUGUAUGACUUCGGGACUCACUGCAUGUGCUCAUUUAGGUGCUCUUGAGCAAGGGAAAUGGAUCCAUGGGUAUAUCAAGAGCAAGAAAGAGUUGCAGUCUGAUGUGUUUCUUGGAACUGCACUCGUUGAUAUGUAUGCUAAGUGCGGGUGCAUUGACACAGCUGUGGAGGUUUUUGAGGCCAUGCCUAAAAGGUCUAAGCAUUCAUGGGCAACAUUGAUUCGAGGGCUUGGGGUGCAUGGCUUUCCAAAGAGAGCAAUUGAUUGCCUAAAUAGAAUGCAGGAGGAAGAUGGGCUUAGGCCUGAUGCCAUUGUCCUUCUUGGAGUCUUAGCAGCUUGUACACAUUCAGGGCUUCAAAAAGAAGGCCAACUUUUGUUAGCUAACAUGGAACCCCUAUAUGGUGUUAUUCCUCAACAUGAACAUUUCAGUUGCGUGGUAGACUUGCUUUGUAGGGCAGGCAAACUAGAUGAGGCUGUUAACCUUAUCAGGACGAUGCCUAUGAAGCCGCGUGCCUCGGUAUGGGGAGCACUGCUGAGUGGUUGUCGGGCUCAUAAUAAUGUUACUCUUGCGGAGCUUGCUGUAAAGGAGCUACUGUUGUUGGAAGAUGGGAAUGAAGCUGAAGAAGGCAGUGCUUAUGUUCAGUUAUCCAACAUAUAUCUUGCCGCACGCCAGACUGAUGAUGCACGUAAGAUCAGAAGAAUUAUUGGUGAUAAGGGUCUCAAGAAAACACCAGGAAUCAGUGCAAUUGAGGUUGAUGGGGAAGUUAAUGAAUUUGUUUCAGGAGACGUGUCACAUCCACAUUUAGCUCAGAUUCAUUUGGUGCUUGGUUUGAUGUCUUUGGAACAUCCACCCUUAGUUGUUAAUGACACAGUUUAAAGUUUCAUGAGACAUCAGCCAUUACUUGGAGAGAAGCUAGGAAAAAGAUGAGAACCAGAGCCAAUGAAUGGCCAUCCUCUCAAAACUCGAACUCUUUGACAGCUAAGGAGGAUGCCUUUGCUUCCCCGAUUUUUAAAGUGACUAAAAGCCAAAAUAAGGACUACUCUUUUGAUGAUCAACUGAACUCCAAUUCCGGUCACUGACCAUUGCCAUACCUACUCCUCGCUGCAUCAAUUUAUCUAUUCCUCGCUGCAUCAUCAUCGUCAUAUCUGCAAUCUGCAGUAUCAGCUUCUUCUUCAUCAAACAAAAUGGUCAACAACUCCCAAGAAAGUAUCACAGGACAAAGUUUGAUGAUAUGGACAAUAGCCAAAGAAAAAGAAACUUUGUCAUUGCUGUGGCGAGUGUUCAUCUCACAACGAUGGCUGUUUGGAUAUUUUUCAAGGAGACAACUACCAAUAGUCAUUAUAUUGGUCAAUCCGUGAGCACAGAAGAAUUGAAAAGAUAUUAUAUCCAACUCGCUAAGUUCCCAAUAGUGCCACAAUAUCAUUUAUAUGUCUCCACAAUCAUUCAUGAGAUUAUGUGACUUGCUAACAACACAUGGGGGGUUGGUUCUGACAAUACGAGCAAGUGUCGAGGAAAUGGUUGCUAAAACACUGCAUAUGUUGGGGCAUGAUCAAACUAAUAGGCCCCGUUUGGUACACGGAAUUCAAACUAUGGAAUUGGAAUUGAGGACUUCAAUUCCAAUUCUGGUGUUUGAUAGCACAAAAAUUAUGUAAAUU